UAAUUGGUCUAUUGCCUGUUAGGUCACAGUUACGUAGCUUACAAGAGCUGCUGGCAAUUGUGUAUUUACCAGGGUGAAGUUAGUGAAGAGGAAAGCUCAGAGCAAAUAACUCUGUACCGUUUUAGAAAGCGAAACAACAUCGAAGAAGCCAACAGUAGGCCUAUCAGCAAUUUAAGUUGAAUAAUUCAACCUAACCAACCAUCAAAAAGUAAAAGCAAUCGGACGACAAUGUCGGGAGAGGACGUCUUCCCCGAAUCACCUAUGUGGAAGGAAAACGGGAGCACAUGCGCUUCCGACUAUGAGGACAAAACGCGAACCAGCUUCGACUCCCUAACGCCUCACGAAACCCGCGCGUCGGAACGUCUACGCCGUCGCCCUUGGGUCAGCUCGAAGAAAGGAAAGGCCAUAAAGACUUGCGCUAAAGUGUUCGGAGUGGUUUUGCUCGUUUUGGCGGGGUUGUACCUCUACGAUUUCAUCUUUGUGUGUCCUCUGAGGUCACAGGAAGCGAAAUUAUACAAGGAAGUAGCGGAGCUGAAAUCUCGACUUUUCAACAGUACUGUGACGCCGGCUAUUCAGAAGUACGCUGUGGUCGGCACAAAAGAUCUGAGCAUUGAACAAGAACGCCGCAUACUGAUGGGUCGUUACAAUGCUUCAAUUAAAGAUCUGACACAAGCGCACCAGAAAACAAAGGCACAGUUGGUAGAACAUGCCCGGCAGAUGGAAGAUUUUUUAAACCAUCUAACAGAUCUGUCACAAUCGCACGGGUUUACAAAGGCGCAAUUGGAGGAAUACAAGCGACUGCUGAAUGACAGUUUUAAUGAUCUAAAGAGUCUAAUGCAAGAUCACGAGUUACUGGUGGCAGAAGUGGAAAGACUCGGUGGGAAGGUAAAUAACAACGACAACCGCACAGCUGAGGCUUUUAGGAAGAUGGACAGGCUGGAGCAGUUAAUGCGACAAAAUUUUUCCAGUAUCAGACACAGUUUAAAUGACGCGAGUGGACGCAGUAGGCAUCGACUGGAUCUUCUUGAAGCAAAGCUGAACCAGAGUAAAACGGACUUGCAGCAGGACAUGUCCAGCAAGAUAAGUGCUCUGCGGGGAGAUUUAAGCCAAAGUGGAGCUGAUGUUGCGUCCAUUAGGAGUGACAUCAGAGAAUUGAGAGGAAAAUACGAUAGGCUGGACCAGAGUAAAAAGGACUUGCAGCAGGACAUGUCCAGCAAGAUAAGUGCUCUGCGGGGAGAUUUAAGCCAAAGUGGAGCUGAUGUUGCGUCCAUUAGGAGUGACAUCAGAGAAUUGAGAGGAAAAUACGAUAGGCUGGACCGGAGUAAAACGGACUUGCGACAGGAAAUGUACAGAAAGAUAAGUGCUCUGCGGGGAGAUUUAAGCCAAAGUAAAGCUGAUGUUGCGUCCCUUAAGAGUGGCAUCAGAGAAUUAAGAGGGAAAUACGAUAGGCUGGCUCGCGUCUCCUCGGGAUCAACACUUCUGCAAGCUUCCAUGACCACACUGUCCUUGGUAUUUGUAGCAGUUAUUGCGCCACUUUUUGUGUAGGACACCGGAAAUAAGCUCAUAGCCGUCAACAGACGACCGGUUUCAUUGCGACCCCCACUGUAAAGUUGACUUAAGUACAUGUUUAUUUCUUUUUAAGUUUAUUGUCAGUGGCGGAUCCAGAGAUAUUUUCUGACUGUCUUCCAAGUUACCUGUUUUGAUCAGUCGUCCAUUUUUGACCGUCUUCAGUCAGAAAAAUUAGAUAUCUGUAAAUAUAGACUUGAAAAUCUGACCGUCUUCAAGAAGACGGACUCAAUCCGCCCCUGAUUGUGAUAGGAUACAAGCCAAAACACUCGUACUUAACCUGUUUCAGAAAAGUACUGGUUUUUAGCACUAAGGGACAAGUAUAAAAGGACCUCCCACCGAUGUUUUAUAUCAUCAAGACAGUGGUGAUCUGAUUUUGUUAAGUGAACUCAGUAUCUACGUAUCUAACCUUUUAUACAGACUGUGUAUAAUUAUUAUGCCUUUUUAGUACUUUUUUUAUUUUUCUGUUGCCAAUGAGUGUGUCGUUACAUUCAAUAGCAUUAAACUUGAUGCCGAAAGAUCGAUCAUGUUGACUAUUGUAUUGUAUUGUAUUGUAUUGUAUUGUAUUGU